AGCCUCCUCCGCCGCCCCCGCCACCGCCUCCUCCGGGGCAUCAUGUCGCCCACCACCACCACCAGACACCGCGGGCCAUUUCUGUGCCUCCCCAGACAGCCCCUCCACCCAGGAUGGUCAACUUGUGCCAGGCGACUCAGACAACCAUCAUCGCCCCCAAUCCCAUGCUACAGGGGGCCAUACUGAUGCAGCAGAUGCAGGGUAACAUGCGGAGCCUUGGGAUGGGAGGGCAGCAGUUCCGUCAGUUCUUCGCAGCUGGGGCCGGGUCAUCUUUGCUUGGGCCAGUUCCUAUGGGCAUGGCCAUCAAAUCUCCCAUCAUGGGUUUCCCAGCUGCACGAUCCUUCCACCCACAUGCCCGCUACUACAGCCCCCCCACCACAGCCUUGUCCUCCUCCUCAUCCACUACAGACACAGCAGUUCGCCAGCCAGACAGGAAACGAGACAGCGAGCAGAUGGCAGCAGGGAGCACAGACGACCAGCCAGCAGCUAACAGCACCAGCGAAUCUAGUGAUAAGUCUGAAACAGAUGGACCCACACAGAUCUCAGUGGAGCAACUUGAAGAGCCUGUAGUGAAGAAGCAAAGGACAGAGGAGUCACAGGAGACCAAAGAACAGUGUUUUGUCAAAACUGUCACUGUUGCACGUGGGGAGGUUCUUUCUUCAGAGUGCAAUAGCAGCACUAAGGAGAGCCAGUCUGAAGGUUGUGUUGUUCUGGAGAUAGGAGGUUCUGCAGGUGGUUCAGAUGUUGUUGAGUUUCUGGAGGAGAGCAGAGCUGAUGCGGUGCACAGCUGUUUGUCUGGCAGGCUGAGUGAAGAUGAUCAGCAGGUUAAUUUAGCCUCAGAGGAACCGCAACAGGGAAAAGAUGCCUCUUUGGGUUCACCAGACAACCAGGAUGAAGGAGAGGAGGUUGUAGCAGAGGGCGCCAACAAGUUUUACUGCUACCUCUGCAGCAUUACCUGCCACAACCAGCAAAAUUUUAGGAGUCAUAUGAACAGCAUUUCCCACCAGCAAAGGAUGAUGGAAAUCCAGCACAUGAGCAACGCUUGUCUGGUUACAUUGCUGCCACGAGUGCAAGAGUCUUUACAGGGAGCAAGCAAAGAUGGGGAGAAAAAGACUGACUUGAAGCAUUGGUGUGCCACCUGUCACACCCACUUCACCAGUAGCAUCAUGGACCAUCGUCGCACAGAGGAGCACAAACUUGCCAGUAGAGCAGCCAUUUCCUCCUGCACAGUCUGCAAGAAGCACUUCAGGACCUCCCAAAUGUUUGUAGAGCACUUGCAGUCAUUGGAUCACAGACAGAAAGUAGAGAAGCUCCAGGAAAAAGGGAGCUGUGAGGCCUUAGCCAAGCUCACAUCCACAGACACAGAUGGCUUUUCAGUGGAAGAGGAUGAGGGCAGUGAGGUGGAGGAGGGAGAGGACAGACAGAACGAGGAAGGAGAUAAAGACUUCUUUGAGAAACAGGGGGGCUGGUCCUCCCUUAAAGAGGUGACCCUAAAAGACAUGGCCAGUGAUGAGAAGUAUGACCCUGAUACAGUCUACGGGUCCAGUUUUUUUGUUCCAGUAGCAGGUUUUAUCUGCAGACUCUGCAACAAAUUCUACCACUUUGAAUCCCCUGCUCUACACACCCACUGCAAAUCACUGAAGCACUUUGAGAAUCUUAAGACGUACAGCGCGUUGCUGAGUCAAAAGGGUGAGGCUGUUGAAUCUUCCAGAGAAUCUCUCCUAGCUGGGGACAGCCUCAGGCCUGUAACAGACAUCACUACUGACUGUUCAGAUAAAAAUUACUGCAUUGAUGGUUCAUUGACCAACCAAAACUCCAUGCAUCCCAUCGUUACACUCACCCGACUGAAAGUGCAGACAGACAACCAACAGGAGAAAGAAGCAGAACACAGGCCGAUGUCACAGGAUUUCACUGCCACCUCAGUAACAAGCACUGGCAGCACAGACCAAGACCUCUGCCUCCACAGCAAAGAGGAAGAGACCACAUCCCAGGCAUCUGGAGAUCAGGAGAGUCCUGUUGAGCUGCCUGUUGGCAGCAGAGAGGGGCCAGGCUCAGAGUUGGCAGCAGCUGUUAAGGAUGCUAAUGAAGACGAGGAAGAAGAAGCUCCUGUUCUCCCAGGGAAAAAGAACUGUACAGGAAAGGCAAAAACUGCGACCAAACGCAGGUCAGGCAGGGCCACAAACAGGUGUUGAGUCAGUAAUGUGAUGUGGAAAGUCA